AUGCCGUCCAUCGAUCAUGGAAGCACCCACUCUCGCGUUAGGCGCGAGACCUCUUCCACAUCUGCGCGUGCGUGCGGGAUUGUAUGCGCAUGGAUGGAGGAGUUCAAGAUGACUUCCAACUUCACCGCCUUUCUUAUCAUCUGUUUACUCGUAGGAGUUAAAAGCUAUGAAGAGUGUGCAGAAAAUGGAGCUCUUCAACUGCACAAUGCUAACAUAAGUGGAGUACUAAGUAUAUGCUACAACUCCACUUGGAGACUGGUGUGUGAUGAUGAGUGGGAUACUUUUGAUGCUGAGUUUGUUUGCAAACAACUUGGCUUGGAAUAUGAAGACGAAACACCAAAGGGCUGUCCAGCUAGAGGUUUAAAUGUGACUGGGUCAUUCCUGAUGAAUGGUGUAAUGUGCUUGGGAACAGAAGACUCUCUAUUGACGUGUGCACAUUCUUAUGAUGUCGCAGACUGCAUCGACGAAGAAGCUGUAGUUGUGGAAUGCAAAGAUGUGUGCAACUGUGCAGAAAUGGCUGAAUGUGUCAACAAUAAUGGCAAUUACAGCUGCAUAUGCAAACAUGGCUACAGUGGAAACGGAACCUUUUGCGAAGAUAUCAAUGAGUGUGUUCUGGAGAUUCACAACUGUGCAGAAAAUGCUAAAUGUAUCAAUACUCCAGGCAGUUUCUCAUGCAUGUGCAAGUAUGGCUAUGUCGGCAAUGGAACUUAUUGUGAAUCAUGUGAUCCUGAUAAUUCUCCAAUUGGUUUUACUGGAAAUGGAACUUACUGCGAAGAUAUUGAUGAGUGUGAUCUAGGUACUCACAACUGUGAUGAAAAUGCCAACUGCACCAAUGUUCCUGGCAGUUUCUUGUGUGUGUGCAACGACGGAUAUGUUGGAAUUCGUCUUGUUCAUGGUAAUGAAACGUCUGGCCUGGUUGAGGUACUUCGCAAUUGUGAAUGGAGAUCAGUAUGUGAUGAUUAUUGGACCGAUCAUGAUGCAAAAGUAGCCUGUGGACAACUGGGAUUCUUGCCUUAUGAAGUGCAAUACUGGCUAGAUGAUGUACAGUGUAAGGGUGAUGAGUUGUCGUUGUUUGAUUGUCCACAUAAAGACACCCAUAACUGUGGUAGGAGAGAAAGGGCUGGAGUCCACUGUCUGGGUAAGGAUGAUGUUGAAAUAGGGCUGGUUGAAAACACAACUCUUUAUUCUGGAAUUAUUGACUUAAAGAUUAGAAAUGAAUCGAGAUCAGUAUGUCAUGAUCAAUGGACUGACGAAGACGCUCAAGUGGCAUGCAGAUCAAUGGGACUUCCGUUUACUGGUGCUCAAAAAGAAAUCGAUGGAAUGUUUAAGCCAGGAGAAGAAGUUACAUACUGGCUAUCUCAGGUGAAUUGUCAGGGUGGCGAAGAGUCCUUGCUUGCCUGCAUGCAUUGUGGAGUAGGAAACCAUGACUGUGGUAAAGACCAAAGAGCCAAAGUUAUUUGCAAAGACACUGCUAUAACUUCUUUUCAUUAUCAUUUUGAUAUUGAUAUCAAUCAAGUACAUUACUGGCUUGAUGAUAUUCAAUGUACUGGAGAAGAAAACGGCUUGAUGGACUGUGAGCAUGAACGUCUGGGUGUUCACAACUGUGCACAGCAUGAGAUAGCGGCUGUCAUAUAUUAUGCAAUAGGAGCUGUUGCUACAGUUGAAGUAGGAGAUAUCUGUGGCCUGAUUGAAUUUGAUCUUGAAGGCAAUGGAACGAUCACCGUGGAGGUCGACAUACUGGGACUGAAAGACAUUGAUAAUCCAUGUGACACGGACAUACGUUUGUGUGGUGAUAAUGCCAUGUGUAUGGGAUCUGAUGGCAGGUAUACUUGCACAUGCAUAACUGGCUAUAGUGGAAAUGGUACCUAUUGUUACGAUAUGGACGAAUGUGAAUUGAAGAUGGACAAUUGCUCAGCAUAUGCUUUCUGCACUAACACCCCUGGCUGUUACUCAUGUACAUGCAAAGAAGGAUACAUUGGCGAUGGGAUUUCGUGUAGUCGGGGAUGUGAGGAUGGAGAAAUCCAUUUAAUAGAAAUGGUUGGUGUGAAUGAAAGGCUAGUUGAAAUAUGCUAUAACUCCACCUGGGGACUGGUCUGUGAUGACCAGUGGGGAGCAAAUGACAAUAAUGUCCAAGUUGUCUGUAAGCAAUUUUGUUUUGAGAGUGGAGAGAAAGGUAAAAUUUGUCCAAAUGUGAGAGAUGGGAUAUUCUGGUUGGAUGAAGUGAAUUGUACGGGAGAUGAAGGGCGUUUGGAUAACUGUGCACAUAAUAACAUUGGAGAACAUGACUGCACCCUUGCUGAGGCUGUUACAGUUAUCUGUUCAAAUAUUGAUGAAUGUGCUAUGAAUGUGUCCUGUACGGAAAAUUCCACGUGUACAAAUACAGAAGGAAGUUUCUACUGCAUGUGCAACCCUGGAUACUUCUUUGGGGAAGAGCAGACUUGUAGAGACAAAGAUGAGUGUGAAUGUGGUUUGGACGAUUGUGACGAAAAUGCUAACUGUACUAAUACAGAAGGCAGUUACAUAUGCACAUGCAGAGAAGGUUACUGUGGUGAUGGAAGAUAUUGCACUGUUUCAGACGCAAAUAUGGGAAUUCGUCUUGUUCAUGGUAAUGAAACGUCUGGCCUGGUUGAGGUACUUCGCAAUUGUGAAUGGAGAUCAGUUUGUGAUGAUUAUUGGACCGAUGAUGAUGCAAUGGUAGCCUGUCGACAACUGGGACUCUUGCCUUAUGCUGUGUGCAGCAGUCUGGCUGAGCAGUAA